UCUCUGUUGUUAUACUAGAUAGAGUACUCGGCAUCAGUUGGGAAGUUUUGUUCAGUAUUUAAGUAGCCGCGUUCCGGCGAAGGUCAGUAGUUGCCGAACGCCUCGACGAAAGGAGACAAAGGAUUCUGGUGGACUUCGCUGCCGUCACCUCCAAACGAUCAGGAUUCGUAGACAGUCCUUUAGCGCGUAAAAGUCCAGGAGCCAUGGAUCGUUAAUCAACGAGGAUCGCGUGUCGUUCGUGUAGUCUAAUAACAUAGCGUAGUCGCAAAUCUAAGUCAAAUUGUAUACUUACUAGUGAACAACGAAAUUUAGCAUUUGCGAAAGUAACGCGACCUUCACGAGAGCAAUGAAUAACCAGUGGAGAUUGGUGCUAAGUGGGCUUUUGUGUGUCCUAAUCUGUGAUAUUGGAGGAGUGAUCGGCGCGGCGUUUCGAUCGCCCAACAGUGAUGAUGCCCUCUUCUGGCGGCAGCAGGCCGAAUCCUACCUGAAGCGGAUCCUCCAGUACGAACCGAACCGGAAGAGCGGAGCAGGCGUUGCGCGGAACGUGAUCAUCUUCGUCGGCGAUGGAAUGGGCAUUGCGUCGCUCAGCACCGGGCGAAUCUACAAGGGACAACUGGCGGGGCGAUCGGGGGAGGAGGAGGUUCUCAGUUUCGAUCAUUUUGAGAACUCGGGCUUUUCGAAGACGUACAACACGGACCGGCAGGUACCGGAUUCAGCUGGUACGGCCACAGCCAUGUUUACCGGGGUGAAGACGAAGUACGGAUACAUCGGGGUGGACUACUCGGCAACGGCUACGAACGAAGUGGCGGCGAGCGUUUCAAAUAUCAUGGAAUGGGCGCAGGCCGUGGGGAAGCGUACUGGGUUCGUAACAACCACCAGGGUUACGCAUGCGACUCCGGCGGCUACCUUUGCCCAUUCGUUCAAUAGGAAUUGGGAGUGUGAGGCUACAAUUCCGGCUAAUGUGAGAAACAAAACCAAGGAUAUUGCUCGACAGUUGGUUGAAAAUGCUCCGGGAAAUAAGAUGAACGUGAUUCUUGGAGGAGGACGGGCUGCCUUUGGAGCGUCGAUUCCGGAUCACUUGAAGACAGCAUUCAAGUUCAAUGGGUCUAUGGAGAAGAACUGCGUCAGAGAGGACGGUCGUAACUUGGUGAAAGAUUGGUUGGUCAGUAAAAAUGGAUCGGCGGCGACCUACGUAUGGAACACGGCCGAGUUGAUGAACGCCGAGGUAGAUGACUUAGACUACCUCAUGGGACUGUUCGCCGAUACGCACAUGUCAUACGAACGCCUUCGGGAUACGAGUGAAGCAGGAGAGCCUUCACUAGCCGAUAUGACUGAGAAGGCCAUCAGGGUGCUUAAACGAAAGCAUUCAAAUGGAUUCGUGUUGAUGGUUGAAGGUGGAAGAAUCGAUCAUGCUCAUCAUCAAAAUCAUGCUCAUCUGGCGCUGAGGGAGGUCGUUGAACUGGAUCGCGCUGUAGAGCGGGCGUUGGGAAUGGUGGACUUGGACGACACGCUCAUCAUGGUUACGGCUGAUCAUUCGCAUUCUAUGACGUUCAAUGGAUAUCCAGAUAGAGGCAAUGACAUUCUCGGUUACGCUAAUCGACCGGAUAAGCUGCCGUACGAAACCAUCACGUACGCAAACGGUCCAGGAUUCCAAACGCAUCGUAUCAACGACAGUUCGGACGAUCCGUCCCACCUAGGCACCUGGAUUCCGGUCGAAACCAUGAACCGCUCCGCCAUAGACUACCGGCACCUAUCGGCCUUCUACUUGGGUGAUGAAACUCACGGAGGAGAAGACGUGGCUGUAUUUGCCACCGGGCCGGGAUCUAGUCUAGUCCGGGGAACGUUCGAACAGAACUACAUAGCCUAUGUGAUGAGCUAUGCCGGGUGCAUGGGACCGGCCAAGCGGUUUAACGAAGCAUGCUCCUUCAAACCUCGGGCACCUUCGAGUGGUGCGGAAUCUGUUGGGAAUGCGUCCUCCCAGCUGUUGAUCAGUAUUGUAUUUUUAGCGGUAGCAAAAAUGUGCUACCACUUUUAAUUCGAACGUUAGCCAAAUUAGUUGUAAGUUUCAAAAUCUGUAAAUAUGUCGGGAAAUUGUUGAAAAUUG